AUGGUCACGUGAUAGGUAUAUCAACCGGUCACCAUGUUGAGUGUGUUUGGGAGGACGUGUUCAAGUAUUUUAAAGACCACAAAACCUGCAGCAUCUCUAUCUAAAAUACAAGAAACUACUUUUAAAAUCAUUCCAACUUUAUGUUCCACAAAUAAAAAAUAUGCAACAGCAGCAGCAAAGCCAGGCCACAACUAUGGAAAAAUUGUGGCAGUUAUUGGGGCCGUCGUUGAUGUGCAGUUUGAAGACGAUUUGCCCCCUAUUCUUAAUGCCCUGGAGGUUGAAGGUCGAAAACCAAAGUUAAUUUUAGAAGUUGCCCAACAUUUAGGUGAAAACACUGUUCGAACAAUCGCCAUGGAUGGAACAGAAGGUUUAGUCCGAGGCAACAAAGUUCUGGACACUCAGUCUCCUAUUAAGAUUCCCGUAGGACCAGAAACGCUAGGUCGUAUCAUCAAUGUUAUUGGAGAACCCAUUGACGAGCGAGGACCUGUCACCACAGACAAGUACUCUGCUAUUCACCAAGAAGCUCCAGAGUUUGUAGAAAUGAGUGUAGAACAAGAAAUCCUCGUCACAGGGAUCAAAGUUGUAGACUUACUGGCUCCCUACUCUAAAGGAGGAAAGAUUGGUAAGCAUGUACCUAAAAAUGGACCUACUGCUAAACGUCAGAUCAAUCGACUUUUGUUUGAAGUGUACCGAAUGUGGUCGUCUGGUGUUAUUAGUUUAAAAGACAAAACUUCUAAGGUGUCUCUAGUGUAUGGUCAGAUGAAUGAACCCCCUGGUGCUCGUGCUCGGGUGGCUCUAACUGGCCUAACUGUUGCAGAGUAUUUCAGAGACCAAGAGGGUCAAGAUGUAUUGCUUUUUAUCGACAACAUUUUUAGGUUCACCCAAGCUGGAUCGGAGGAUGUAUUCAUUGUUUUAUUGUUUCUCCAGGCUAUCUACGUGCCCGCUGAUGACUUAACUGAUCCUGCCCCUGCCACGACAUUCGCUCACUUGGACGCUACCACCGUGCUGUCUCGUGGUAUCGCAGAGUUGGGCAUCUACCCUGCUGUUGACCCACUAGACUCGACCUCCCGUAUUAUGGACCCCAACAUCGUUGGUAAAGAGCACUAUGACGUGGCCCGUGGUGUACAGAAGAUUUUACAGGACUACAAAUCCCUGCAGGACAUCAUUGCCAUCCUUGGAAUGGACGAACUGUCUGAAGAAGACAAACUGACCGUUUCACGUGCAAGAAAAAUUCAGCGUUUCUUGUCGCAGCCUUUCCAAGUAGCCGAGGUAUUCACUGGGCAAGCAGGAAAGUUUGUACCACUUGCUGAAACUAUCAAAGGCUUCAAAAUGAUUUUGGAAGGUGAAAUGGACCAUUUACCAGAAGUAGCCUUCUACAUGGUGGGACCACUUGAAGAAGUUAUCAGCAAAGCUGAGAGACUAGCAGAGGAAUCUUAAUUUUAAAUCCUUGUUUAGUGUUAGUUCAGGCCACACCAGAAUCGAUCAAUAGUUGGAAUUAUCAUACGAGUUGUUUAUAUAUCAGGCUGGAUUAAAAUAUUUUAAAUAAUUUUUUCAUUUUGAUAAUCUACAGAUAGAAGAACUGUAUGUUAGUAAUGAAUAAAACAGUUGAUUUUGGUCUGAA